CUAAACCCUUCUUCUCCUCCAUUAUUGUGUAAAUAAAACCCUAGUGGACACUGGAACGUUUGCAAUUCCAAUGGAGUUUUAUCAGACCGAUUCUCAAGCGCUUCUGGUACAAAUUCGGCGUCAUGAGGCCCUUUUGAAAUCUAAAAGAAGGUGUCUUAGAAUUUUAGUAUUUGAGAACUCAUGGGAUGGAUUGUACGUGGGCUGGUUUGGAGGAACUGACUAUGUCGAAUGCAUGCAGAUGGCUGCUGGGGCUUCCUACUUCUGAGUCUAGACAAAAGUAUCCUGAUCAUUCAGACUUUUUAAAUAAACGAAACCUGCCUGAAUCGUUGCUGAGAGAAGAUGAUGUUUUUUAUGAGACUGUCAAAACAAGAGUUGAAGGAGCGUUUGGAGCGUUAGGUGCUGAAACAAGGCAUCUUGGUAUUUGUGCUGAUCAAAUAUUAGAUACUUGCAAAGUUGGAAAACUCGUCUUGUCGUGUCUCAAUGAUCUGAGCACCAGGGGACUUUACCUUCUUGCUGUAGUACUUACAGAAAACUCUGUCCAAUUGGAAAAGACUCGCUGGAAGCUGAAAAGGGCCAUCAGGGAAUUUCUUCCAAAAGUUCUGAGAAGGAAAAGUCAAGAUUGCCAUCAAUUGGAAAUUGUUAAACAAUUGUCUCAACUUCUCAACGACUCAAAAAAUUUCCGAAGAAGACGCUCAACAACUAUCCAUGAUGCUGUAUCAGAUGUACUGUAUGGUUUAGGAGACCUGCCCACCCAAGUUCUCUUUGCUAUGCAUCGAAAGCUUGUAGGUGCUCAGUUUAUGCCUCAGAUGAAACGUCAUAGGCAUGGGUGGGGUCGUGAUCGUCUGAUUAAUCUUCUUACAAAGAUUAGUAAGAAGAUGCUUUCAUUGGUUGGUGAAGGAGAUGAAUUGCAAGAAUCACUUGCAAAAGCCAUGGCGGUGGCUGAUUUAUCACUCAAACUAGUACCAGGUCGCCAUAAUUCGUCCAUAAUCGAGUUUUAUCCCUUCUCACCCCAAAUGAAAAGCUUGCACAAUGAAAUCGUAAAAGCCAUAUGGUGUAUUAGCAAGAGGGUUAACUUUUGGAAGCUCCAACAGGUGAAGUCUUUGUUGGAUCCUGGUGCUAAAGUGUCCCAUAGGAGUCUAAGACCUCGUAUUAGGAGGAUGUUAAUAGACUAUCUUUUUGAAUGUAGUGAUAUGGACACCGUGCCAAAGUCUCUUUUGAAAGCUUUAGCUUUGAUAAAUGCAGAUUCUCAAAUUGCGACACAUUCAGUUUUCUCACAAGAUGAAAUUGAAGAGGAAGUUGAAUGUAUAUUUAGCCUGAGUGCUCAGAUGAAACAAGUAGUUUGGGAUUUACUACCUAACUAUGACUUUGAACAUGACUUUGCUGAUGCCUAUAUGGAAGAGUUAGAAGAAAGUGAUAAUGAUCUUGAUGAGGAUAGCUGUGAUGGCCUGCCUCGAGAAGACAAUGAAUCCCGCUCUGUUUAUGUUGAAGGUACGGGGGAAUCAAUGCCAGCCAAUUUGGAUCAUUCUUCAGUGGGGAAUACAUUGUCCCCAAGUUAUAAUGCGGAUGUGGAGUCUUUCCAAUAUUCUACCCUGAUGCAUUUCAAGAGGGAGGGUUCUUUAGAUUCUUCUUUUAGUUGCCAACCUUCAUUCAUGGAAUCCAAAGGUCAACAUGAUGCGCAUAACCUGUCUACUAACCAACAAGUGGGGAACAAAGACACACCAAAUAUUUUGUUGGGUAACAGCACUACUGGUGAUACUGCAAAAACACCCUGUUCAAGUUCUUUCAACAUGUCAUGUUCAAUGCAUCAGAUGGAGCACAGUGAACCAAGCACGUUUAAGAAUCAGUACCUUGUGGUUCAAGAAGCCUGUGAUGAAACUAGCAUGAUUGCUUAUAAUUUCAUUGGCCGCUUGCUAGAAGAGUUUGCAAAGAGUGAAGGCAUAGAGUUAGAUUGGUGUGCUAAUUUAUAUCUAAGUAGCAACUGUUCAAUUGAAGAAGACCUUCCUGAAGUUGAACAGACUCAUAUUUGGGCGAAGGGAAGUGAUUCAGUAAUUAUUCAAGUUUGUCAGGAGUUAAUACCUUCUCUUUCUAAAAGUGGAACAAAGAGACUUCAACAGUUGCUGGGGUUGUGAUUCUCAAGGGAUUUUGUUGGCCUGAGUUAGCAGGUGAUCUUUGGGCACUCUGAUGAGGGCGGGGCAAACAAAAUUGAAUCAACCGAAUUCAUCCCUGAGCGGAAUGAAGCAGCUCCUAUUGUGUUCAAGGAAGUUCAGAUGAGGAAUUUUGGCAAAUCUAUCAAGACGGAGAGUACAAUUGGAGAAGAAAAGGUUGAACAUCCUCCAGAAGAAUUAUUUCUUCUCUACGUUGCCCUCGCUCUUGCUGAACGUAAUCCAAGAUCUGGGUUUGCUCCAGAUACACAGUUUCAUUACCGAAACGGUCAGGUAACACUUCUAAUCAGUUUGGAAUUCAAUCUCCGAUCGUCAAUUUUCAACGCGGAUGCAAGUUCUUUUGGUUGAGUUGAUGGUGAAAGCUAGAUAAAAAUGAGGUUUAUAACAGCUAAAGUAAGGAAGGGUUCCAAAAGGCAGUGAGAACCGGUUUGCCCUUUAUAGAGAGCAUGAGCACAGUAAAUGAAGGAGGGGGAGUCGUUUUUCCUUUUCCCUUUCUUUGCAAUUGAUUCUAUGUAAGUUGAAUGUUUAUGAGGGUUCUAAUUGUAAUUACUAUUUAUUUCCAUUAAUUCACAUAUUUAAUGCAUUGACAGAAGUUCUAUACUAUGGAAA